CAGCCCGUGGUGCACCAGGGCCGCUCAGCGUCCACAUCAGCGCCGGCUUCCUGGGGCACGUCUCCCGGGCCGGCUCAGUCCCAGCAGGCACCGAGUCUGAGCUUUGAACUCUGCUCUGCCUGCCCAGCUGAUAAAGCAGCAGCUGGGAGCGCGCGGUGGAGUUGCAGACGGACAGGCAGGAGCGCGGCCGGGGGACCGGGACACCGUGGCCAAUGGAGCCCCGGCUCAGCGAAGCGGACACUGCCCUGGGCGAGGCGGCGGAGCCCUGCCUGGCUGACCCUGCCGCCAGCGCCGGGAAACUCAAGAGGAGCAAGAAGAUGCUGGAGCCGAAGAAGUGGCAGAGCCUGGAGGAGACGGGGAGCGAUGCCCCCCAGCCAAGGAGGCGCCCCAGCCUCUGCAGAUCCAAGACCUAUGACCCAUCCUUCUCCAAAGAGCCCGAACAGGAGCCGACCCCGGGCAGGCAGAGGGCCGCCUCGGCCGCUUAUGCCAAGCGCCGGGCGAGCUACCACAAGGCGUUCAAGGAGAUGCCCGAGGAGGAGGCCCUACUGGACAGUGUCUCCUGUGCCUGGCAAAGGGAAGUCCCCUAUCACGGGCGCCUCUACAUCUCCCAGAACUACAUCUGCUUCCACUGCAGCAUGCUGCUCCGGGACGUCAAGGUGGUGAUCCCCGUCUCCUCCAUCGCCAUCCUCAAGAAGGCCAACACGGCGCUGCUGGUGCCCAACGCCCUCAGCAUUCGGACCGCGGAGGGCGAGAAGUUUCUCUUUGUCUCGGUGAGGACCCGGGAGGCCACGUACCAGCUGCUGCGAUCGGUCUGCAAACACCUGCAGGACGGGAGCACGAGCAGCAGCCCCCCGGCCUCGCCCACCAACACCAGCUCCGAGCUCCGCGAGAAGGCUCUGACCUCGAGCCAGUCGGACCUGGAGCUGAACCCCCCCGAGCCUGACGGCCUCCCGGACCAGCAAGACGGGCUGGGCCCAAAGCAGAGCAGAGAGGACGAGGGCGAGGAGACGGCAGCGCCGAGCAAAGCGGGGUCGUGGCCAGGCAGGCAGACGAAGAAGAAGCCCAGGGGCUGGUGGGCGCAACUGAGCACCCUCAACGUCGUCAUCCUCAUCUACCUGCUGCUGGUGGUGGUGCUGCUGCUGUCCUCGGGGUACAUCGGCCUGAGGAUCGUGGCACUGGAGCAGCAGCUGAUGUCAAUGGGGGCCUGGCCGGAGCUCGACCUACACCAGUACAAGACGACCUGAAAGCAGGGAGGCCUCAGGCUGCACUCAGCACCGGAGGGAGCCUCGUGCCCGAAGGCCCAGGCUUGCUGCUGGCAGACGCCGCCCCUGCCAAACGGGCUGGGAUCCCGUGGCCGCUCCUCAGCUCUCCCCUCAUCCUGAGCAGAGCUGGGGCUGACUUUUAAGGAGACCAGGGGAGGGAAAGGAAGCGACAAGGCCUGGCCCAGGAACAGCUCCUGGCUGAUGAAAUGCAGCCAGAGCAGAGCCGGUGCCGGUGCCGGGGACAAGCUGAACUUCUCCUGAAAGAGCCCUGUGCUGAGCGUUAGUAGCGCACCGGCUUUCCCUGGGUGACCUGCGGAAGCCCGGCUGCAGCUGGCCCGUUGCGCUCAGGAUUCCUGCUCAGCCGCAGGGUUUGGAGCCUCAGCUGCGAUGGACGCAGGGCCCGACUGCACUGAGCAAGCAGCUUCCACGCAAACUUCAGCUGAGGCCGCAAAACCUUGAUGGGCUCAUUCCUGCUGCCGCGUCCUUGUGCCAAGGAAAUGGGCGUUUUCAGCUUCCGCCCUCGGCCACUGGCGAGCGGGAGAGUAUUCGGCCGGGCCAGGCCAGGCCGGGCGCGACGCUGCCUGGCUCUCACAGCAGCUGUGCCAUGGGAGCUGGCCUCUCGGGCCCCCAGGCAAGGCACAAGCCACCUGCUGACCUCCCCCGGGUGUUUCACUCCUCCAGCACUGAGCAUCACCACCCCCCCCGCCGCUGUCUGAGCCCCCCCGGGCUCGCGUGUGCUCAGGGCCCCUGCUGGGGGGGAGACGUGCUGCCUGGGCUCCAGCGGGGCUCCCUGCGGGCACGGGCUGCUGUGGGAGGCAGCUGCUGUCAGCCUCCAGGGGCGCCAGCCAGGCCUGGAAUGCACCUCUGCCCGCCCACGGGAGAUGGGGCUGCGGGUCCCCUGGGGGUUGCGGGUCCCCUGGGGGUUGCGGGUCCCCUAGCGCCGCUGGUCGCACUGCUGGGAGGACCGUGGCAGAGCUUGGGCUGCGGGUUCUGGUCAGUUACAGGCAGGGGGCUGGGGGUCCGGGGCAGAGCACUGAACCGGUGGGUACGGCCCCCGGCCCGUUGCUCCAGGAACCAAGCCCAGCGCCCUGGUGCCCAGCUGGCUCCUAGAGCAGAACAAGGGCCCAGACCAACCCGCUGGGGCGAGACUCCAGCUCGGCCUCCGGCCCUGUGCCCCAUGGGCCGGACGAGCCGGCCCCUCCCCUGCUCUCCAUUCGGCUUGGUGCUGCAGGCCAGCGCUCAGAGGGUGCCCGGGGAGAGGCCAGGGCAGCACCGCAGGGCCGUGCCCCAGGCUGGGCAAUGCCAGACGCUCCCCUGUGUCAUCCCCCCCGGGGCCGUGAGAGGAGGGUGGGUAAAGGGCUGGGCUCUGUUAGUAAUAAAGACAAGCUCCAGCUCCGG